AAUUACGCGGCUCCGUUAUGCCCCGGUCUUUGCACGAAUGCGAAUGCUUUGUUUGCAGGCAAGUUCAGAAUGCUCACACGGGGAUAGACUUGUCAGUGCCAGAGUAUCAGGAAAUCCGGGGGAGGAUGCUGUCUGGCCAUGUGGAAUAUCACAUUGUAGUUGUUACCCGACUGGUAGCAUUCAAAUCAGCAAAGCACAAACCCGAGGAUGUGGUUCAGUUUAUGGUCUCUAAGAAGUUCAGUGAGAUUGACGAGUUUUACCAAAAGCUGACUGCCCGCUAUCCACAGGCAUCUCUUCCACCAUUACCGCGGAAAGCUCUGUUUGUUGGGGAAUCUGAUAUUCGAGAACGAAGAGUGGUGUUCAAUGACAUUAUGAGGCUCAUCUCCAAAGAUGCAGAACUCGCAACAAGUCCUGAAUUGCUGGAAUUCUUAGGGACAAAGUCUACUAGUGUCAUUGAUUUGAAAGGUAAAAAUGUUCCUGAUGAGGAGCUGGAAGAUGAAGAAAAUGAAGUGUUAGAUUUCUUUAAAGAGGAGAAGACAUCUGACAUAAUCCCUCAACUUGGAUUAGUAAAAAAUCAAGAUGUUGAAGAAGAGGAGGAAGAAGAUGUAGAUCCUCUAGGCAUAAUCAGAUCUAAAAAACAUAAGAAGCCCACGCCUCCUGCAGCCAAGGAAGACAAGCCCAAGUUAACCAUUUUUUAUGAAGAAUUAGAUCCUGAUGAAGGGUUAUUUGACCAAGGGAAAGAUUUUUUCUCUUCCAGUUCCAAGAAGAACUCAUCAGCUAAAGAGAAUCUGAAGUUAUUUGAAGACCCAGACCUUGGUGGGACUGUUAAACUAGGCGACUCACUCCUGCUGCCAACGGCCUAUGAGAACCAGGACUAUGCACUAAGCACCAGUCUCAAAGAGGACACAGAGGAACUACUGAGAGUUGAAGAAGAUUUAGAGAGGCUUUGGAAACCAAGCUCCAAGCCAAAACCCAUGGUGCCACCUAAACCAGCAUUGCCUAAGAAACCAUUAAUCACCACGAAGAACAGUGUUUGUCCAGCUGCUCCAGCAAAGCCGAAAGUAGACAAGAUUCAAACCAUGGAUGAGGUAGACAUUCUCCAAUACAUUCAGGACAAUGAAGCUAUCAGUGAUCAAGACAUGAGUCUCUUUUGAGGAGUCUAUUUUUGGUUUUCCAAGGCUGCCUUAUCCAAGCGCUCUUUGACCUCCUAUGUGUGGGAGUCAGGAGUUAGCUCAAAUUCUUAAUUGUCACUGCAUUUUCCAAUUUGUUGUGAUUAAAAGCGCAACAAGUCUGAUUAUUUCACAUGCUCUAAAUGGUAAUGAGUAAGUUUUUCUACACGGUGCAAUUAUUGUCUAAUGUUGCCUUAUAUUUUCAGAGUUUUUUAUAGAAUAUACAGUAUACAACACUAUUGAUUCUGUGUACUCCGGUCAUGUCAAUUUAUUGUAACAUUCAUAUAACACAGUUUUUGGAUUACUAGACUGAGGGAAAACAGCAUAGGCUACAAGCAUGAAUACUAGUCUAGUGGGGCCCUUCCAUCUAUUAGCUUUUUUCUCUUGUUCAUCCUUGUAGCAACUUGCCUUCCCUUGCUGCUAUUUCAGUGGGUUGCAGUCAGUUAAUACUUCUAUGGAUACAUUAAAAUUCACCUCCUUUUAGCUCAGAGAGACUAAAAUCUCACAUUGCCUGAGAGUUCUUCCCCUAUUCAGACACUCUUUGAGAUUCAGAGAAAGUUGUCCCUCACCCCAGCAUACAUACAGCUGUUUUACUUUGAUGUCCAGGCAUUGGCUAUAUAGAUGCACAAGUUCCAGAUCAGGGGAGAUCUAGUGCAAUAGUGAAAUAAGACUACACACUGCAAAUCUAUGCACAGGAACAUAGUGCAGAGUUAGCAAAUGACUGGAGCUGUAUUUCAGGACAUCUGUAGAUACACAGACACUGAAGUAAAAAACAAUAAAUGGUCUGGUAGCACUUUAGAGACUAAGAAAACAUGCAAAUAGUAUCAUGAGCUUUCGUGGGCACAGCCCACUUCUUCAGAUGACUGAAGUGUUUAGGAAGUUUGGGUCUUUUUCCUGAUCUGAACUUCAGGGCUUGGGCCCAUCUUUACAAAGACAUGUAAGUGGAAUGAUGCUUUUUAAAAAAAUUACUAAAUAUUUUGGUGAAAUUUUAGCGCCCAUGAAAAGUAAGAAGUUAACCUAGCACCUUACCGGCAGCCUGCACUGCCCUUCCUAUUCCAGGCUCUUUCUGAAUGUGCUGAAUUAUAAUUUGGGCAAGUGUCUAUAACCUCGAUUGAAACCACUGAACACAUCUCACCUGAGAACUAAAUCAGAUUGGGGGCAAGGUCUCCAGAAGUGAAAUGCUAUAGAUUUAAGCCAUGUUACCACCCCUCAAAUCUGCCUUUUUAAUGCAAAAUGGAAUAAAAAGCUUAUCAAGCACUUUAAAAAUAUUUUUUAUAUUACCAUGUUUUCUAUUAAUAAUUUUUACUUUAUUCCAACAGAUAAUGUAUUAAGUACCAUUUUAGUUUAAAUGAGCAAAAAAAUCAAUAUUAGAUUUGAUCCAUGUAACAUAAGAUUCACUAUAAUAAAAUGACGUGCUAACCUGUAAGUACUGUUCUUUAUUGUGCCGUAAAAUAAGGGCUGAUAAGAGUGGAAAGUCGGGUUCUAAUUACUUAAGCUGUGAUGAAUUGUCUAUUUUUAUUGCCAUAUGAGGGCAGCAAAGUAUGUGUAUAAAGAAGAAAAUAUUGAAGCCUC